AUGUUAAAGACGAAGGCGGUAGAGAGGUAUCUAGGCCAAGCAACCCAGUCCGGCGUUAAAGCGGUCCUUCUUUUCGACUCCAAUGGUAUGUCUUUGAUAUUGCUUUUUUGUGGUUUCAGGUACGAAAUUGAGGUGAAAGACGACUUUUUGUCGCCAUGUACAGGGAUAUAGCUCCUAGAGUUCAUAUGACAAAAUCAAUGAUAGUAUUAGGUUGUUCAACAAGUUCUGAGCCAUCUCUUAACGCAAUUUUCUGGAAUUAGGUGGUUCAGGAUUAUUUUAACAACCUAAUAUAACAAAAUUUUUGAAAAAACCCCUAAUUUUCCCAUUUUCAAGGCAAAAUCGUAGCCCGUUCCGGUCACCAACCCACGGACAGUAUUAACGCCAUCUUCACGGCCAAACUCUGGGACUCAUUCGACCGACAAGGAGCCAGAGACCGACUGAAAGAGAUGGUCCUGCAUUACAAAGAGUUCACCAUCCUCGCGGCUAAAGCAGCCAAUAUGAUGAUCGCCUUGAUCGCGGCACCCGACCAUCCGAUGGCAAUCUGUCGGGCCAAGCUACUACAACUGGUGGAGGACCUGAGAGAACCGCUGGCUGUCUUGGGAUGA